AUGAGCUCCAUGCGGCUCCACAAGAGGAACGAUCCCCCUGGUCAUACUUCUCUGCGUCUUGUCGGGUAUCCUGGUAAGAAGAUCGUCUUGACUCGUCUGGAGGGCAACGACAACUCUCCCUAUCGCUUCCACUUUUUGGACGAGACCGGUACCAGGACAACAAAGUCAUCGAAAUGGUCGAGUCUUUCACCGACGGUGCAGGAGGGGUUGGAGCGACAGUCUGGCGAGAUCGGAUACGUGGCGUCCACUGCGCUUCGGGUGCAUGAUGGAAGACAGUUCGGCGUCAAGAUCGGAGAGCACCCUUUCGACCUCAGCGCCGCUUACUUCCACCCUGAGUAUCCGUCCGAAAGCGUCAAGAUAUUGCGCAACCCACAGGGAAAAGUCGUCUUCCAGAGAGGCGCCGCCGAGCCCAUCACGCUUUCAGAGAUGCCGUCGCAUCUGAGGUCGUAUCUCGAGAAUGACCGAGGCGCUCGAAGCUUCAUGCUGGAAGCAGAGGCAGCAGCAAGGCGCUUGCGAAAGCGAUCUUUGGAGACGAGAGCGCCUCCGACUCACGUCGCAUUCGUCCGCUAUCCGGGCAAGAAGAUCGUCAUCACCAUGCUCGAAGGCGAUCAUGAGAUCACUUUCCGUUUCCACCUCCUGCACGAAGACGGCAAGACGGUGUACAAGACGAGCUCUUGGUCGAGUCUAUCAUCCAACAUUCGAGACGGUCUGAAGGAUCAAGAGCCCAGAAUCGGCUCUGUCGUCGAGUCUCACCUUUCGAAGGAGGGUGCGAGGCGACAAGGCGUCAAGAUCGGGAAGGAUGCUUUCGAUCUCGCCAACGCAUACGUUCAUCCCGAGUUUCCGGCGCGAGACAUCCGAAUCUCUCCAACGAAAGACGGCAAGAUCGUCUUCGAGGUAGAUCGUUCCAGACCGGUAGAGUUCUCCGAUCUGCCGCCUCAUUUGCGCGUCUUUGUCAUGGGAGACGGCAAUCUUGACGUGGUUGUUCGCGCGGCGGCCGAAGAAGCUGAACACAGGUUGCACAAGCGGGUGAUCAGUGCCGACGCGCAGCUGCUCGGAAGACGUGCUGGUUCUGACGAGGAUACGGACGAGAUCAGGGGCGCCGCUCAGUCGGAACCUGCAUCGAAAGACGCUGGCGGUGGCGGUGGCGCCUCCGCUUCCGGCCUCGUCGAUGUAAUGGCCACAGACGCCCCUGGCAAUACUCCCACCUUGGCUAGAGGUAGCGGAAGGUCGGAGCUGUUCAGGCAAUUUGGUACAACUGGCAGACCUUACAAGCUGCUGGAUGAUUCUCAUCUAUACUUCGAGGACCAUCACUAUGGCGGCGAAGGCUUUCGCGUCCUCCGUAACAACAAAGGGUAUCGCUUCGCCCGAUUUCGUGGCAAUAGCGAUGAGCCUGCUACCUUCGAGCCAUUCAACGCGCUGUCGGAAAGUGACAAGAGUGAGCUGAGAACGGUGCUUCCAGGUGUAGACGAGAUGGUCGUGCGCGGACCGACUUUCGAACAGCUUCAGCUGCUGAGGAAAUCUGGAGAUUUCGGUUCUGUGUACCUGGACGGCAAGGAGCCCGAGCAGAUCUGGGUCACCCAUCAGGAACGGGGGAUCACGUAUCACCGUUUCGACAAGAAGCGGGCUCCUCUGAACAACGGCGAAACCAACGCCUGGUCUUUCGAGGAGCUUCCGGAACAUCUCCAGAAGUAUCUUGACGAUGUCAAGCCCCGUGCCUGA